AUGGAAUUGCAAAUCAUUAGAGAAAACAUUGGUCAAUUAAUAUUUUUGAACAGUUUUAUAUCGACUUCGUUGGAAUAUGAAAUGGCAACAGCUUUCAGUUUAAGUGGAGAUCCAUCAGGAGAACAUAUACUCUUUCAUAUCACAGUAGACAAAACUAUAAUUAAUCCAAAGCCAUUCGCUGAUAUUUCGACUGUCAGUCAAUUUGUAGAAGAAAAGGAAGUAUUAUUUAUGGCAGGAUCUAUCUUUGAAAUUAAGAAUGUUACCUUUUGUGAAUCUUCUCAUGUGUGGAUAAUUAAAUUACAUUUAUGCAAUGAUAAUGCCUAUGAACUCAACGAUGUCUAUCAAGAAGAUAAGACUAUUGUGUCCGAUCAAAAAUCACCAUUUUCCUUAGCAGCUGUAUUAUUGCGAAUGAAUUUAUUCGAUAAAGCCAAGAAAUAUUAUCAACAAAUACUCGACGAUGGAUCAGUGAUUGAUAUUUCGUCAAGUGAUCUUAUAAUCAAUUGUUUUUGGGGAUUAAGUAAUGUUGCUCGAAAACGAGGCGAUUUUGACAUUGCAUUGGCUUAUAGUCGUCUAGCCAUUGAACAAUCUCAGGAUCGACCAGAGUUAUUAUAUCACAGUUACAAAUAUAUCAGUUUGAACUACUUAGAAAUUCAUUCUAUAUCGGAGGCUCUUGAAUAUCAAAUGAAAGCAUUAGAAAUUCAACAAAAUAUAAAUGAUACUAAGGAUCAAUUUGCCGAUACAUUAUUCAAUAUGGGAUUCAUAUAUUUUAGUCAAAUUAUACCGAAUAUCGAUAGUGCUUUAGAUUAUUUUUUUCAAGCAUUAAACAUUUAUAAAGAAUUGAAUACAUAUGAUGAAAUAAUUUGA